AUGGCGACCGACCACGCCCCCAUUGACAGUUCUAGCGAUAGAGAUCACGGUAUUAAGCAGGUGUCUCUCGGAGUCGAGCAGAAUAUCACGUCAGAGGAGCACGCGAAACCCCUGUCGCGAUUCACUCGCUGGUAUCGCAGUCCGCUGUUCAACGUCAUCGUGGUCGGAUUAAUCUCCUUCACUCAACCCGGUAUCUGGAAUGCUCUCAACAACACUGGCGCUGGUGGUCAGCAAGAGCCAUACCUCGUCAAUGGAGCCAGCUCUCUCACAUUUGGUAUCAUGGUCUUUGGCUGCUCCCUGUUUGGAAUUCUUGCCAACAAAAUCGGCCUCAAGACUGUUCUCAUUCUCGGCACCCUGGGCUACGCUCCUUACUCAGCGGCUCUUUACACCAACAACCGCUAUGGGGUUGAAUGGUUCGUUCUUUUUGGGGGUGCCACUUGUGGAAUUGCGGCGUCCGCAUUAUGGGCGUCUGAAGGGGCCAUUGCUCUAGGAUACGCUGAUGUCAAAGAUCGUGGAAAGUUCACCGGCAUCUGGCUCGGACUGCGUGAACUCGGUCAACUCAUCGGCUCUUCUAUCCAACUGUCUCUCAACGUCAAGUCAGGACAGCGAGGUCGUGUCGGAUAUAACACCUACCUUGUUCUCAUCGCUCUUCAAUGCCUUGGUCUUCCCCUUGCUCUUCUGAUAUCCCCACCGGAAAAAGUCAUCCGUCCUGAUGGCUCAAAGCUCCCACACACCAAAACGAACAAGAGCAUCAAGGACCAGUUCAAGAAGUGGUUUGUGCUGUUGAAGCGAAAGCAAUUUUACCUUCUCGUUCCCAUUCUUGUCGGCUUCAACUGGAACAGCACGUACCUUGGCCUAUACCUUGUCAACUACUUCUCCGUCCGCUCUCGUGCUCUGGCCUCGUUGACUUCCGGCAUCGCCGCCACCUUUGCCAACAUUUUCUGGGGAUGGUUCUUUGAUCUCAAGACUUUUAGCCGACCACAGCUCGCUAGAAUCACGUGGUGCUUCUUGGGGAUUUUUAUGACCGCAUUGUUCGGUUGGCAGUUUGCCAUGGAGUUGGAGUAUCGCAAGGCUGAUCCUCCUGUCACCUUGGACUGGGAUCUACCCGGAUUUGGUCGUGGCUUUGCUGUUCAGGUUCUUCUUCGCUUCAUGAACGAAUCUCACUACAUGUUUGUAUACUGGCUUCUCGGAACCUUCUUUGACGAUGUCGAGACUCUUACACUUAGCGUUUCUCUCGUUCGAUCAUUCGAAUCUCUUGGAUCAUGCCUAGCUUUCGGUGUUGGUGCCGCCAAGGUUGCUCCUCUUACCAACCUCAUCGUAGCCUUCGCCAUGUUUUGCAUCUCACUUCCGUCGACCUCGUUCGCCGUGUUCCUUGUACCUGAGCGCCCUGGCGAUCAUGUCCUUGGAAAGGAUGACAGUUCCUCAGAGUAAGAGGGUGCAAGGUACGGAGUGGUUUAGGUCGUCAAGCUGGCGUUGAAUAAUGACGGCAUUGCGGAUUGCCGAAAGCAGCAAAUUCUUUUUGCGGUUCGCUCUGUGCUGUCACGAUUGGUUGAUCGAGGCCGGAACAAAUGUCCUUUGCUUCAUGCACAAUCGCACCAUGUUUGAAGAAAGAUGGUCUGUUCGAAACAGAUAGUCUAACUCUGGAUCUCCUGUGUACGACAUCUAUGCAAACUGAAGAUUUCGAUGUUCAUCCGUGGCGGAAUUUGUUUGGUUUAACUGCUAAGUGUUGGCUGUGGUUUGGAGCUGGAGAUAGGAGCUUAUGGCUUGGGCGAGGACCCUCCUGAACAGCAACAUAUCUGUUCUUAGGAGGAGGCCGCUACUGGCCCUGAGACAAAGAAGAUAAUUAUAGACUUUCUGAC